GACCCUACUCUUCAUAAUCCCCACUUCCAAAUUUUCUCCCUAAAUUCUCCUCCAACGUCGCUUUUCCAAAUUCUCUCUCUUUGUCCCUCACUGCACAUUUCACAAUGCCCAACUCCGGCCAACCCAAUCCCGGCUGCUUUUCCGGCAUGCUGCGGCGGCUCUUAUGCACCGGCAAUCUCCCCACUCACCCAUCCGACGCCCUGAACGAACCACAGUUAGAAAAGGCCGCCGAGGCUAAACCCGGGCCGGGCGUGGUGGCUCGGUUGAUGGGCUUGAGUUCGCUGCCGGACGCCAAUUGGGUCCCGAACCACCGAGCCCCGGGUGCGGUCCCGCGCAGCAAAUCCGUGAACUUCGCGGAUUAUCUGCUGCACUUUGACUCGAGUCAAGCCCACCACCGCCGAGUCCGAACCUCCGCGUCGUUUCGUGAGGUCCCACCGUUGAAUCCACACAACGAUUUCUUGGUUCUGUACACGAAGGAUUAUUUCGACGGCUACGAAGCGGAAAUUGAGUCCAAUUUGAAGGAACCCGAAACGCACCGUUUGAGAGAAGCUAAACAGGGGAAGGAAUUGCAGAGCAGUAAUGUGAAGAAGAAGAAGAAGAAUUCGAGAAAUGAAUUCAAAAUUUCGAAGCUGAAAAACGAGCCAAGAAGGGAAGUUGGUAAGGAUUUCUCCAAGAAGAACAGAAAAUGCAGCUCCAAUAAAGAUUCGGUCUCUGUUUUACCGUCGUGUAAAUACAAACAGAGUGUUACUAAAAAACUUGGCGCUGCGAAUUUGAAAUCUCCGCAGAAGAAGCCACCGAAACAGAAGGAAGUAGCCAUUGGAACAGAGGUAAAAAAGAAGAUAAAGAAUAAUUCUCUUCGACAUGUCGGAACGAAACCCGACCCGGAAUCCGACCCGGACAAUUCCAGCCCGAUUUCGGUCCUCGAUGACGGCGGAUUCGAUUUCUCGGAUGAGCGGAGCUCGCCGAAGACGGAGGGGGGAUUAGAGAAAUGUCAGACCGGCGGCGACCGGAGCGAGGAGGAGGUGGGAAGGAGCUGCAGGUUGGCAGAUGAAGAUAUAAGAGAGGCGAAUUGGAGUGUGAAGAAUGUGUGGGAAUAUGAAGCGUUAGAAGAAUUAUGCAUGGAGCUUGAACGACAUGUCGUCAAUGUAUUGUUGGUUCAGACCCUAGAUGACCUUGUGUAGGCUGUUGAUAUGUACCUACUGCAAUUCCUUAAUAAAGACAACACAUCUGUAAUCUGUAAAUAAGCCCAUCUACAGACCUUCUUAGGGUUCACAGUCAUGGAUUUUUCAUUCUUUGGAUAAAAUGUCAUAUUUUUUUUUAAUUUUAAUUUUUAAAAAAUUUCUCAAACAUAUUAGAAU